AAAUUAUCAAUAUCAUCAUUUCCACUGGUCCAAUUAAUAAAAUCUCUUUGAAAUCGUUUUGAAUUACAAGAUGGACACCAAAAAUGAAUUUUCAUUACUUGAGAACAACCAUUACAUCUUCCAUGAAGCAUACGAUUUUUUUCUUCAUCAGUUUCAUUAUUAAAACAUUUUCUACAAUGCCAAUCACGAUUAAAUUUUUCUUUACAUUUUUCGCAUAUAAUAAUGCCAUAUUUCUCAUAUUUUACUCUUCUCUCAUCUUUAUCCAGAUCAUAAUCCGAUGUCUCAAAAAUGAUUUUGUUAUUAUUUGCUUUAUAUCUUAUUGUCAUAAUUUCCUGAAAUAAACUUAUAAUUUUAUAAAUUUAAUUUGUUUUUUCUAUACAAAUGUAUAAAUAUAAAUAUUUUUUGCCUGAAAAAAUUUG